CCAAAUCAACCGAAGCCCAGUCAACCGAACGGCCGCCGCUUCACCCCGUGCGAGCCUCCGCGAGACCGCGCAACGCCGACAUGAACUUCAUGGAGACACCCGCGAAAACUUCCCGCACGGAGGACGGCGAUCGCGGCCUGGCGACUCGAGAGUUCGAUGGCGCGCAGGAGGACACUGCAAACGUCACCUACGACGUUUGCAUCAAUGUGUCCAAUAUUGAUGUCGACGAGGACGUACCGUCAACCAUCUGGGAGGCGAUGCGAACGCCGGACGCAAACGGCUGGUUCGAAGCCUGCAUGAAGGAAAUCAACAACCUUCAACUCAUGAAAUGCUACAAGAUCGUGCAAAAGAACCCGAAAACGCACCCUGAAGUCGAAAUGGGUCUUCAAGCGCAAAGCCAGACGGCUCGCAGGCAUUCAAAGCGCGCAUCGUAA